CUCCAUCGGCCGGCGCUUCCCUCUCCCAAUCCCAACUAUAAAUAUACAUCAUGUAUGUGUAAAUUCAUUCCUCCCUUGUGAUUUUUUUUUCUCUUCUCCCUUCAUGGGUAUCUCUACUUCGUUAAUUUUUCUCUUCCAAUUUGAUUUCCAGUUCAAACACACGGAUUUGAUCGAGUAAUUAUAUAGCCGCAUUUUGAAUUUAAGAACCAUAAUCUCAAUUUUUGAUUUCAUGUUCAAAGACUCAGGUUUGAUCAAAUUGGUAUUCAACAAUUUGAUAAUGUCUCCGGAUACUAUCAGGAAUGUCAUUGGCAUCAUUGGUACGUACGAAUUGUGAAUAUGAUACUAAUUAAUUGAACGAGAGUUUUUUUUUGAUAAUGGUGAACGAGAGUUAUUAUAUGUUUAUCACGUUUAUCCUUAGUAAUUAACUUAAUUUUCAUGCAGGAAAUGUCAUCUCCUUUGGCUUGUUUCUAUCGCCGUUGUACGUGAUUAGCAUUGUUCUCCAACCUCUCCCUUGUUUUUUAAUCAAGCUCCCUCCCCUUCGUGAAAUUAAAUACAUGUUAAUUUGUGAAGAAUUUAACUCUUCAAAUAUAUUUUCAUCCACUAUUUUAAUUUGGUUAAUUUAAUAUGCACAUGAAUAUAUAAUUACAAAAAAAAAGCACUUGAAUCAAUAAGCAAGACCGGCUCAUAACCGGUCAAAAGAAAACUAGUCAUAUCCGGUAAGAUAUUGAGUUGAUAUUUUAGGAGUUCGAUAGAGGUCACUUAUGAUUCUCAUAGGUUGGUUCGGCUCGAUUUAGCUGGACUUCGGUUGUUCUUUAUUCAAAUUUGGGAUGAUCUACAAAGCUGGAAUAUGCAGUGUUAUUGCACAAUAUAUGAAAUUGUGUAGAGAUCGAGUUUGAUGAAAACAAGGUUGUCAAAUCGAUUUAAGUCAUUGAACCGGUCAAGUAAGGGGUUUGAAGUUUAAUGGUCUGAUUGGGGUCCGGUCGAUUUGACAUGUUUUAGACGUUUUCUAAACAUAUAUUAUAUAUACAAAUAAGAUAGUUUAAAGACUAAAAUAAAAGUUAUCUGUAUCUAUUAAAAACUUAUUAUCCAUAAAAUAAAUUUACUUAACCUACAUGACCCAUCCACCAUCCUCCUUCAUUUGUUCCUCUUCCUCUCUUCCCCCUCUCUUCUUCUCUCUCUUUAGGGGUCAGAUCAGGGGGCUUUCUGGAGGCCGUUUUGAAGUCCGACCUAAGUUGGAUCUAGUUCAACCGGCUACCGGGGGUCCGAUAGGAGAUUAACAGCCUUGGAUGAAAGUAUCCGUUUUUGUUGAGGAAAAAAAAUCAGAAUCCUUUCAACAUUUCAUAAAAAAUUUGCACAAAUGUCAAAAUUACGUCAUAAUUAAUAUGACCGGAAACAUUUCGUACUCUUUUUUUCCACAUAAAUAGUAAAACCUAAAUGUUGUGCUUUAGGCCGACGUUCAUACAAAUAUGGAAGAAACGUUCGGUGGAGCAGUUCAGACCCGACCCGUACUUGGCGACGGCUGUGAACUGCAUGUCGUGGGUGGUUUACGGGCUGCCCGUGGUUAAACCGAAUGCCCUCCUGGUCCUGACCACCAACGGGCUCGGCGCCUUCAUCUCCUUCAUCUACAUAGCCAUCUUCGUCCUCUACUCCGACAACAAGAAGCGGGUCAAGAUCUUGACCAUCCUCCUCGUCGAGAUUUGCUUCAUCGUUCUCCUCCUCCUCCUGGUCGUGUUCCUCGUACCCGCCGUCUCCCAACGAAUCUUGAUCGUCGGAGUUGUGUCUCUUGUGCUGUGUGUCAUCAGCUACGGCGCUCCUUUGUCUGUCUUGGUACGUAUUAUGUUAAAUUCAUAAGCCACAAGUUGUCAAUCAAGAACCAACUGGACAGAGUUAUUGACAGAGGUUCAAUAAUAAAUCUUUCACCACUUACUAUGAGAAAUUUUACAAUGCUUUAAAGAAUCGGUGCUUUAGUUAUUACCUUUUUUUUGGAAGAAGUUAUUGCCUUUAUUGUACAACUUGAAGUUGUACUUUUCAUGUUAUGGUACAACUUUAAGUUGUGCUUAUACUCUUUUAUAAAAUUCCGUUAUGAUACAACUUCAAGUUGUACAUUUAACGUUAUGAUACAACUUUGAGUUGUACUUUAAAGCAUAGUAGAAGUGUUCAUUACUGACACGUCUUUUCAAGCGAAAACCUGUUUGUAUAAGUUUGAAGUUUGCACAUGUCCGACAUGUACUUAACAAAUGGGGGUUACCAGAAUUCGAACAAAAGACAUAUUGAUCA